AGGGUUUUUCUAGGAUUUUUGAGUUCUGCCAUUCUCUAAAUUCGCUAAUUACUCCAGGACGGAGGCACUAGGAAUCAUCAACCAACCACCGAUGUCUACGUCUUACUUUCUCUCGCCGGAGCCUAUCUCCGCAGCCGGUCGGAGCUCCGAGAAGCUGAGCCUCCCAGCGCUACAAUCGAAGAUGAAGUGCGAUCCCGAAGGAUACGAGUCAGAGCUCCACCUAGUGUACAGCCAGUUCAAUACUUCUCUCACUCUCUUCCAACAACAGGCAGCGCUGAGUUUCACGUCGCUUAGCGGCGUCGCCGCCGACCCCUCCGUCGCAAAGGACCUCGGCGAUAGGGCCAUGUUUUUGGCUCAUGUUACUCCUUUUUAUCCCAAUCACCUCUCUCAGUUCCCCAAACAGCUCGCCGAUUUACUCCGCUCGGCUGCUCACUCGCUGCCAUCAUCUCUCCGAUGCCACGUCGCUCAAGCCCUCAUCCUCCUCAUUAAUCGAAAGAUAGUGGACAUUGGAGAAACUCUUGCCUUGUUUAUGGAGCUUCAGACACUAGGUGACAGGGUUUUGAGAAAGCUGGCUUUUUCUCAUGUUGUUCAUAGUGUUAGGCGGAUGAAUCAGAAACACAAGAAUGAAGCUAAGAAUCGUGCACUUCAGAAUAUCUUGUUUGCGAUGCUGCAGCAAGAGGAUGAGUCAAAAGCCAAGAGAGCACUUAUCACACUCUGUGAUCUUCACAGAAGAAAGGUGUGGUUUGAUGAUAGAACAGCAAAUGCAAUCUGUACAGCUUGUUUUCAUUCAUCCUCAAGGAUAAUGAUUGCAGCUCUGUCAUUCCUUCUUGAUUACGAGAAGAUUGGAGAUGAUGGUGAUAGUGACGGUUCAAGCAGCGAAGAUGACUUUACUCCUCAAAAGGAACAAGUUGUUGUCAGCAAAGAGGCUGUAUAUAAGGCACAUAAUAAGGGAACACUUGCUAGCAAGAAGAAAAAGAAAGCAAAAUUGCAGCGUGUCAUUCGUAGCAUGAAAAAGCAACAGCGUUUGUCAUCAGAGAAGAGUUCUUCAAAUUACUAUUCGCCUCUUAACCAUCUUAAAGAUCCGCAGGGGUUUGCUGAGAAACUGUUUUCUCGCAUUCAAACUUGCAAUGAACGAUUUGAGGUUAAGAUGAUGAUGGUGAAAGUAAUUGCCCGCACGGUCGGGCUUCACCGCUUGAUUUUACUAAAUUUUUAUCCUUUUCUUCAGAAAUAUGUUCAGCCCCAUCAACGUGAUAUCACAAACCUACUUGCGGCAGCAGUUCAGGCCUGCCAUGAUUUGGUGCCUCCUGAUGCUGUUGAACCAUUAUUCAAACAAAUAGUAAAUCAAUUUGUACAUGACCGUUCUCGUCCUGAGGCCAUAUCUGUUGGACUGAAUGUUGUAAGAGAGAUCUGUUUGCGCAUUCCUUUGUUGAUGACAGAAGAUUUGCUGCAAGACCUUGUAUUGUAUAAGAAAUCACAUGAGAAGGCAGUAUCGACAGCAGCUCGUUCACUCAUUACUUUAUUUAGAGAGGUUUGUCCUUCCCUGCUGAUUAAGAAGGAUCGUGGACGCCCUACUAACUCAAAGGCAAGGCCUAAAGCAUUUGGAGAAGUCAAUGUGGCCAGUAAUGUUCCUGGUGUUGAGUUAUUGCAACAUGACAGUGAUGAUGACAAUGAGAACAUGCAUGAGAUUGAUGAGUCCAUGUUUAGUAGCUCUGACGAUGAUGAGAAUAUUGCUGCUAGUGAUGAUGAAAUACAAGAAGAUGAUAGUGGGGGUGAAGAUGAUGAAACACAGGAAGAUGGUGAUGUUGGUGAAGAUGGUAUUACUGAUAAUGAUGAUGAUGAUUUCGAUGAUGAAGAGGGAGAGGAAGAAGAGGAUAAUGAAGAGGAGGAGGAAGGAGAGGAGGACAAGGAGGAGGAGGAGGAGGAGGAGGAUGUGGAUGAAGAGGUGGGGGAGCAUGAAGAAGCUACAAGCAAUGAUGCUUGUGAUAAUGGGAGUCGAGAAAGAGAAUCUAAAGCGAGGAAGAGAAAGCUCUUGGAUUUUGAUGCACAACUGAAUGCUGCUGAAACUAGUCUUCGAUCCCUAAAGAGAUUAGCAGGGGCAAGGAUGGGGCAAGCAUCACCUGUAUCAACUGAUGGUAUUCUCUCUAAUGAGGACUUCCAACGGAUUAAAGAGCUCAAGGCAAAGCAGGCGGCAAAGGUUGCUUUGAGUAAGCACGGGUUAUUAAGAAAGAGUUCAGAAGCUUUUAAGAUGCCAAAUUCUGAUGAUCUAAGUCUUAAGCGUGUAGAUCCUGCUAAACUUGAAGUUAAUGUAAGGAAAAAGCUGAGCAAGGAGGAAAGACUGGCAUUAGUGAGAGCAGGGAGGGAGGAAAGAGGAAAGUACCAGGCUCGAGCUGCAGUAAAACAAAAAAAGACCGGUGGUUUAAGCAAUCGUCAGAAGGAACACAAGAAGGCUAUGCCUCUUGCAGCGAAGAGAUCGAAGGUAGCAAAAUCUCGACAAGAGAAGAAGAAGAAACAGCAGCGGUCUGGCAAACAAUUCCGCGGGAGGAAAGCAUGGAAAUGAUGCGUGACAUGAUUAUUUAUUUAUAUGCAUGUAUGAGGCCAUGCCUCUAGUGGCGAAGAGAUCAAAGGUGGCAAGAUCUCGACGAGAAAAAAAAAAGCAGCAGCAGCAGCAGCAGCAUUCUGGCAGACCAUCCUGCGGGAGGAAAGCAUGGAAAUGAUGCGUGACAUAAUUAUCUAUACGAAUUCUUUUAUUUAUUUCUCCGCUAACAAACAUCAGUUUUGAUCCAGUUUUUUUAUAGGGAUGGAAUGGAAAUUUCUUGAGAAGGUGAUAAUUGGCUUAACAGCAAUAUGCAUGUUUUGGAAGCUUAUCAUGGGAAUAUAAUUGCUUUUGAAAUUCAGUUAC